ACCAUCACAAAUCUCUCACACCAAGGGUACAUUUACCAAUCAGCUGAUUAGUGAUUACUUUGACAUUGGAGUGACAUUUUGGGCAUAGCGAAAACGCUGCAGCAAUCAUCUGGCAAUAUUUUUAUUGGUUUAGUUAAAAAAAUAAAAAUCACGCAGAAAAACAAAUCUUAUAUAAGGAUAUCGCAGUGAGGGCUGCAAGAGUAUCCGAAGCACCCCUAGAUAUUGUUCUUCAAAUAGUUUGAUCUCACUUGCACUUAUAAAAGAAUUGAUAUUUUGAAAAAUGCGAUCCCGAAGCAAUUCAGGCGUCCGCCUGGAUUAUUAUCAGCGUAUUGUUCACCGUCUGAUCAUGGCACACCAGGAACCUGUAACUGGAUUAUUCCCAGCUUCCAAAAAUAACAGCCAUGCUUGGAUUCGUGACAAUGUCUAUUGUAUUCUGGCUGUAUGGGGUCUGUCAAUGGCUUAUAAGAAGAUUGCUGAUCAAGACGAGGAUCGUGCCAAAUGCUACGAACUAGAGCAAAGUUGUGUAAAACUAAUGCGAGGCUUGCUUAUGGCAAUGAUGAACCAAAAAGAUAAGGUGGAACGCUUUAAGAUGACACAAAAUCCAUUAGACUCGUUGCACGCAAAAUACUCGAGUAAAAACGGGCAGCCUGUGGUCGGAGACGGCGAAUGGGGUCAUUUACAAAUUGAUGCAGUUUCGCUGUAUCUUUUGAUUUUGGCGCAAAUGACAGCAUCUGGAUUGCAAAUUGUAUUUUCUCUGGACGAAGUAUCUUUUAUACAAAACUUGGUCUUUUACAUCGAGUCUGCAUACUGCAUUCCCGAUUAUGGUAUAUGGGAGCGAGGCGACAAAACAAAUCACGGCGAACCUGAACUAAAUGCUAGUUCUAUCGGCAUGGCUAAAGCAGCUUUAGAAGCUAUGAACGAAUUGGAUUUAUUUGGGGCUCGAGGUGGCCCAGCAAGUGUUAUACAUGUUUUAGCAGAUGAAGCGCACAAAUGUCAAGCAGUUUUGCAAUCCAUGCUGCCACGCGAGUCAAAUAGCAAAGAACUGGAUUCAGGAUUACUAUGCGUAAUAGGUUUUCCGGCUUUUGCCGCUGAUGACCCCCAACUGAUCCGUAACACAAAAGAUGCAAUUUUGUCUCGACUUCAAGGAAAGUAUGGCUGCAAACGCUUCCUACGGGACGGUUAUCGUACGCCCAAAGAGGACCCAACCCGAUUGUACUACGAACGAUGGGAGUUGCGCAUGUUUGAAAACAUUGAAUGCGAGUGGCCGUUGUUUUAUUGUUAUCUUAUACUAUUCCAUUCUUUUCAAAAUGACAAAUUGUCCGUUAAAGAGUACGCUGAUCGCCUUGAGAAAAUUAUGGUCCGAUCAGAAGAUGGAACUUUGCUUAUACCAGAAAGUUACGCAGUCCCAAUUGACUUAGUACCGAAUGAGUAUCAACAUCCCGGUUCUCAACCACGUGAAGUUGUGGGCAGAUGUCCAUUUCUUUGGGGUCAAUCUUUAUUUAUAUUAGGCCGCCUUUUGCAGGAGGGCUUUUUGGCAGUUGGUGAGCUAGACCCUCUCAAUCGACGUUUGGGUGCUCAGAAAAAACCUGACGUAGUUGUUCAAGUGGUAAUCAUAGCUGAGGAUAACGAAAUACGUGACAAAUUGACGGAACAUGAUUUACAUGUACAAACAAUAGCAGAGGUAGCGCCAAUCGAAGUACAACCGGCGCGAGUACUCAGCCACUUAUACACGUAUUUAGGUCGUAAUCGCAAAUUAGGGUUAACUGGGCGUAAGUCUCGAGAUGUCGGUAUAUUGAGCACAAGUAAAUUAUACUCUCUAAAGGACCGUAUAUUUGCGUUUACACCACAA